UCUGUGCUGUGCGCAGUGACGUAGCCCGAAUCGCAGGCCGCAGACGCAGGGCUGGGUUUCCAUUUUCACUGCGAGUUUCGGGGGAACAACAACAUGGAGCCGGAGAUGGAGGACAAGACGUUGGAGCUGAUGUGCUCUGUCCCUCGCUCUCUCUGGCUGGGCUGCUCCUCGGUGGCAGAGAGCUUGUGUGCACUGCGGUGUCUACAGAGCAUGCCCAGUACCCGGGGCCACAGUCAGAACACUUCUGUCAUGGAGAAUGAGGAUCUCUCCCCAAAGAAGACCACUGUGUUCAAGAUCAGUAACGGGACGGUGACGGGCUCCAGGAAGCGGCCGUCGGAGGGGAACUAUGAGAAGGAGAAGGACGUGUGCAUCCAGCUGUUCGAUCAGUGGUCCGAGGCAGACCAGGUGGAGUUCGUGGAGCACCUGAUCUCGCGCAUGUGUCACUACCAGCACGGCCACAUCAACUCCUACCUCAAACCCAUGCUGCAGAGGGACUUCAUCACGGCGCUGCCAGCACAGGGUCUGGACCACAUAGCGGAGAACAUCCUGUCGUUCCUGGACGCGCGCUCGCUGUGCUCGGCCGAGCUGGUGUGCAAGGAGUGGCAGCGCGUCAUCUCCGAGGGCAUGCUGUGGAAGAAGCUCAUCGAGCGCAUGGUGCGCACCGACCCGCUCUGGAAGGGCCUGUCCGAGAGGCACCAGUGGGAGAAGUACCUGUUCAAGAAUCGCACAACAGAAGUUCCACCAAACUCGUACUACCACUCCCUGUACCCCAAAAUCAUCCAGGAUAUUGAGACCAUUGAGGCUAACUGGCGGUGCGGGAGGCACAACCUGCAGAGGAUUCAGUGUCGCUCUGAGAACAGUAAAGGGGUCUACUGCCUGCAGUACGACGAUGACAAAAUCAUCAGCGGCCUCAGGGAUAACUCCAUCAAGAUCUGGGAUAAGCAGACUCUGGAGUGCCUGAAGAUCCUGACGGGUCACACGGGGUCAGUGCUGUGCCUGCAGUAUGACGAGCGGGUGAUCGUCACGGGCUCCUCCGACUCCACCGUCAGGGUGUGGGACGUGAACUCGGGCGAGGUGCUCAACACGCUCAUCCACCACAACGAGGCGGUGCUGCACCUGCGCUUCUGCAACGGGCUGAUGGUCACGUGCUCCAAGGACCGCUCCAUCGCCGUGUGGGACAUGGCCUCGCCCACCGACAUCAGCCUGCGCCGCGUGCUGGUCGGCCACCGCGCCGCCGUCAACGUCGUCGACUUCGACGACAAGUACAUCGUCUCCGCGUCGGGGGACCGCACCAUCAAGGUGUGGAGCACCAGUACGUGCGAGUUCGUCCGCACUCUGAACGGGCACAAGCGUGGGAUCGCCUGCCUGCAGUACCGAGACAGGCUAGUGGUCAGCGGCUCCUCUGACAACACCAUCAGGCUCUGGGAUAUCGAGUGCGGCGCCUGCUUGCGGGUCUUGGAGGGCCACGAGGAGCUGGUUCGCUGCAUCCGCUUCGACAACAAGAGGAUCGUCAGCGGAGCCUACGACGGUAAGAUAAAGGUGUGGGAUCUCCAGGCUGCCCUGGACCCCCGAGCCCCAGCUGGUACCCUCUGCCUGCGCACCCUGGUGGAGCACUCUGGCCGUGUGUUCCGGUUGCAGUUUGAUGAAUUCCAGAUCAUCAGCAGUUCCCAUGACGACACUAUUCUCAUCUGGGACUUCCUGAAUGUGUCGGCCAAUGGGCAGACAGAGGGGCGGUCGCCCUCACGCACGUACACCUACAUCUCCAGAUAGCAGGGGUACAGACAGAGUGGUGACUGUACUGCGUCUCUGUGUUGGGGGGCUAGAGAAUGGACAUCCCACCCUGAGUCCCCCCCGCCCCGCCCGGCCCCACCCAGCCACCCCUCUAUCUUUGUCCUUGGUCUCGAGCCUAACCUCUCGCCUCACACCUCCUCUAAACCACGGACCAUGUUCUCCCCCCCGCCCCGCCCCCCACCCCCGCCCUCCCGCACGCGCACCUUCCACCAGCACCCCCCCCACCACCUCUCGCUGCCGUCUGCCCAGCCAGUUGGAGGCAGACAGACAGACGCACCGACACUGAAGACGGGCGGAGGGCGUGGCCUUAUGGGCGGAGUCGAGCGACAGAGAGAGAGAGAGAGACGGACUCUUUCCUCAACGCCGUGACACAAAAGGCUGUGACAGUGGAACACGGGGAUGGGCGUUCCUUUCCACCCCCCCAGUACAGACCACUCCCCCUUCUCCCCCCCUCCUCACCAAAUACAGAUGCGACACCUCCCCUCCCAGUACUAAGCCCACUGCUCUCUGCCCUGGAGCAGACUCCUCCUCUUCCUCCUCCUCCCUGCGCUCCUCCCAUAGUACAGACUUCAUCUCCGGUGUCCCCCAGUACAGGCCGCUGUGGACAGUACGGGCUGCUCUGGGCACAGGGACUCAGUCCAGCCUCUGCUUUUUGUGGCACAAAGUAAAGAGACACAGAAAAGCUGAAGCCUUCUUUUCUCUUGGAGACUAAACUGCAUGUGAGAGGAGUGGAGCCCUGCCGCUCCAGCCUUUCUGCGCUCCACCUUUUCUUUCUGUUUUUUAUUCUUUUUUUUUAUUUUGGGGAAAAAAAAUCCUUUUGUUUUAUUUGUAAUAUUGUACUAAGCAUUGUAGUCCCCUCUCCCCCUUCCUCUCUCCUGCUCUCUCUCUCCUCUCCUCUCUCACUCUCUCUUGUCUUUUUUUCUCUCUCUCUCGCUCUUUCUUUCUCUCCCCUCCUCUGCUCUCUCUCUCUUUCUCUCUGCCUGCCUAUGCUCUGAGCACCCUGUAACUUGGAGCUGAAUUUAGCUGUUAACAGAAUUGUCUUGUCAAAAAUUGUGUUGUAUAUUGAAAUGAUUUUUUUAAAGAAAAAAAAAAGACAUUAUUAAGAAUAAAGUACUUGACUGUG